AGCAAAGAGAACGAAAUGCCUCAACUGCCCAACUUGCCCUCCCAAAUGACCAUCCCACCCCCUUCGUUCCUCACCGAGACCACCACGCUAUAAAGCCGCGGCGGAGGUCCUCACCGUCUCCUAUCUCUCCAUUCUCAUACUACCAGCUCGAGAGACAAACAAAUGGACGUUCCUCUUGCGGCCGAGGAGUGCGAGGCUAUCACCAGGGCCUUCUCAGGGCUUGGAGGAUUGGGAGUGGACGAAGAGGCGCUGGUAUCGGCGCUGGGGAAGUGGCGGCAUCAGCCGGAGAAGCGGGCGCAGUUGAGGAAGAGCUUCGCCGGUUUCUUCACCGCCGAUGGCGGCUUCGAGAGGUUUGAGGAUGAUUACAUCCACUACCUCAAGAUCGAAUUCGCCCGUUUCAAGAACAUUAUGGUGCUAUGGGCAAUGCAUCCAUGGGAAAGGGAUGCAAGGUGGGCUAACGAUGUGCUGCACAAGGCUCACCCCUUUGACAUCAUAGUGGAGAUCGCUUGUACUCGAUCAUCAGAAGAGCUGCUUGGGGCAAGGAUAGCAUACCAUGCCCUCUUCCACCGUUCUCUAGAGGAAGAUGUUGCAUACCAUGUCAGGGAAAACUUCUCCAAUCUUUUGGUCGGACUUGUGAGUGCAUACAGGUAUGAAGGCGAUUCGAUAAACGAGGAGAUGGCAAAAUCAGAGGCCAAGACUCUUGGUACUGCAAUAAAAAGUGCAGGUGUGAGGAAUCUUGUAGAGAAUGGGGAGGUAAUAAGGAUAUUGACCACUAGAAGCAAGCCACAUCUUAGAGUGACCUUCAAAUACUACAGGGAAAUGUAUGGGAAAUCAAUUGAGGAGGAUUUAGGUGAUGAGUUGUGCUUACAAGAAACAGUUCAAUGCUUGGAUUCCCCUCCUAAAUAUUUCAGCAAGGUAAUGGAUGAGACUUUGAAAGAUGGAGCUGAUAAAAACACAAAAGAUGCUUUGACUCGAGUUAUUGUAUCCCGAGCUGAUGUGGAUAUGGAGGAGAUCAAAGCAGCGUAUCACGAGCAGUAUGGAGCUCAACUUGAAGAUGUCAUAGCAAUGAAAACACUUGGUAACUACAGGGAUGCAUUGCUUUCCUUGGUUGGACAGUGAGAAUUGCGCCUCUAGCUAUCCAUCUAAACUGAGAUACAAGGCCUUCAGCCGGUCAUACCUUAUUGUUUGUCUCGUUACCAGUGUUCAUAUCAUAUAUCAUGUCAUUAUUCUGUUGAUGUCUGGCAACUUGCAUGAGGUUGAAUACAAGCUUUAACUUUUGAUCAACAUGAAUAAAAGCUCUAUGCUUUGUUCAUAAAAUGCAGUCUUGUUUUGCUUUUUUUUUUUUGUGUUUUUAUUUCUCAGUGUAUAAUCUAUAAACAGCAUCUUGAAGAUACAAGUGGCUCUGAAUUGUAUUGUCGAUAUGUUGAGUACUAGAUAAAGUUCAUAUAAUAUUAAUUGUAAUGAGCAGAAUGUGAUUCUCAAAAAGAUUGCAUUUCUAUGCAUAGCAGACAGAGCAUUGCAUUGUAGCAUU